AAAGACUGCCUCGCGAUCAAUCCAGCAGAACGGCACACCGCAACAGGCAGACUUGACCCGAUUUCUGCUUCUUCUUCUAGGAAGCCUUGGUUCUGAAUUCGUUUGACGGUCGUUGCAAGAACCUGCCUUUUGUAGUCUAGGGGAUGAGCUUGCCCAACGACAACGACGACGAUGACCGAAGGCCGCCCUGGAGGGGGUCUUUCGGCCCCGGAGACGGGCACACCAGCAGUGGUAUCUACCCGAUCAAGAAGCUAACGGUAGUUGCGGACGGCGAGGAAAUGGACAACGAGAACGASRACGACAACGACGACGCUUCCGAGCGGACGGCCGCGGAAACGAGCAUCGGAAGCAUGUCCUUUUCCAGCGACAUUACCUCCGUGGUCCACGGAGUAGGAGGAUCCGGACCSUUGGUUCCUCAGGCAGCGGCCACGCCGAUCUCGGCCCUCACCCUGGACACACGGAGAACCGCCGGCGAGAACGAUUCCAGCAGCAGCGUUCAGAGCAGCGGGAGCAGCGUGAGUGUUUCGCGGCUCUCCAACGACGAGGUGGCCCUGCGGGAGCGACGGAGGCGCAACCUGAGGCAGCUGCAGCAGCUGGGGAUCGCCACGGGCGUCUCCUUUUCCAUUUUUCUGUACCUGCUUAUCCCCACGGCGCUGCUCAUGUCGAUGAUUCUCUUUGGGGGCGUCUCGGUCGCCUUUGUGACCCGGCUGGCGAUUUACAUGCAGUGGGAAUUCCAGCGCUCCGUUCUCGAGGGACGCGGGAUCGGAGAGUAUUUGCCCGCGGGCGUGUACGAGGCGCUGACCUCCACGAGCCUYCAUGAUUUCCUCAGCGACCCGGAGGGGAUCUUUGGAGUUAGCGAGCACAUGCCCUACAUCRUGCUCUACCUCAUUCCGGGGCUGACCCUCGAGCAGCGCAACGAAUACGUGAACCGGCUCUCGCCGAUCCACCAGCGGCUCCUCCGGAACCAGCAGGGCCUSCUGGGCUAUCUCCACAACCGGAACCGACACCGCCCCGGAAACGAGGCGGGAGACAGCAGUUUCCUGAUGCGCCUCGUCAUGGGAGACGAGCGUUUGCGGCAACAGCAGAUGCAGAAUCUUCGUCUCCCGGGGAGCAACAACAACAACAACAACGGCAACGGCAACCAUCGAUUGGAGUUGCCACCAACGAUUCCGGAGGGAGCAAGCUGGGGAGAUGCGAGCGAACUGGCGGCCGACGAUGAUCCGGCGAGUGCGAUGCCGAACGACAACUCGGAGACGCACGCAAACGAAACCAUCGACACUAACACRGACCUGGUGCCGUUUGAUGCACCCGCACCCGUUCCGUCUGCUCUGCAAUCCCUGACGGCGGAAAUACCGGCGAUCGUCUCUCCGAUUGUUGGCCGGGCCGUCGUGUUGGACGAGCCUCCACCGGAAGCGACGGGCGCAAGAAGACGAAUACCACCACCACCACCGCCAACCGUGGAAACGACAGGUUCGAGAGAACCAAGGGCAUCCACCGCACCGGUCCCGAGYGUGGGCGGCGAAAACUCCGAGCAGAACGCUCCGAUCCCCGAGGACGUUGUUUUGUUCGAUGCCAUCGGUGCCGCCAUUAGCAACAUUGUCGGAGAAGCCGCCCAAACGGUGCGGACGAGGGCCCGGGAGUCCCUCGCAAGCUCCCUCGGGGGCCCGGUCUUUCGUGCCAGCGUCGGAGCCACGGCGCUCGGCCUGGGCAUCGGAGCCUUUGGUCUCUGGAGCGGAACCUACGACGCCGAGUCUCUGGCAAGGCCGGUGGCGCGGCUCCUCCGCGGCCUGGUCCGGGGAAGCCCUGUUUCGCCACGGAGCAGGGGCACGGGCACGGGCUUGUCGCUGCCGGCCGGCUCGGUGCUGGUGGGAGCGACGCUCGCGAGCGGGACCACGGCCGUGGUUCUGGGAGCCUUUGGGAUCUACCGCCGCGGGAACCGCGAGGGCAAACCGCCGUCCGAGCGAAGGAACUGAACCGAACGAAACCGACGCCUCGGUGGCCACGGCGCGGGAUGCCGGCGUUCCGGCAUCGCAAGCGUGGRAGUGACCAAGAAAGCGUCGGGACCAUUCGAGGCAUGCGCCUGCGCACGAUGAUAACGAAUAACUAGUACAGUACAGUACAGGAAUUGCUUUGCGCGAUUGUGGUUCUUGACUAUAGAAGUACAGUACGUACCAGCUGCGAGUAUGUCUUGUGAGUGUUUUCCAUCGUUUUUCCGGAUCGGCGAGAAGCCAAGGACGAGGAGACGAGACGUGACGUGACUGGACGAUCCGAGGCAUCCCGAGUACAUUUUGCAUCGAUCCCUAGUGCCAUUGCUUUCCAAAUCCGUCUAGUGUUGUCUACGGCAAUACUUGUACGAAGCAAUACAAAUUUAUCCAUGAG